GAUGCAGUUGCGCGGAUGCUUAAUGGCCAGGACAUGACGCAGCUCGCGUCGGGCCAGGUCAAGGUGAAGGCCCUCGCGGGCGCCCAGAUCCAAAAGUUCUGCAGACAGUUGUUGCGCGACGCCGAGGCCCAGGGCGCGCGAAACCCGCUGCCCGCCCUCGCGUUCCCUGGGCCG